AUGCUGAUGUGCCUGCAGCGUAAUUACCGGCUCUUCAUCUUCUUUAUAUCAUCAACAACCACCUUGUGCAUAUACGUCUUCACAUUUUCAUUGUUGGAUAUCCUUCAACAGCAGGGCAGCGUAUGGAAUAUCAUGUCAAGGAAUGUUGUAUCAGUCAUUCUAGUAGUAUACAGCUUCAUAGCCGUCUGGUUCGUCGGCGGACUUAGUGCAUUGCAUGCUUAUCUGAUUUGCACCAACAAGACUACUUAUGAGAGCUUUCGAUAUUGGUACGAUAAGAGGGAAAAUCCAUAUAAUCAAGGGAUAGUAAAGAACAUUAAAGAAUUCAUUUUCUCUAAGACCCCACCUUCAUUGGUCAAUUUCCGAGAAUGGGUGAUCGAUAAAGAUGAUACAACUACGGAUUCCAUUAAUCAAAAAUUUGGUGGAGACAUUUUUAGCUCAAAAUGGAAAGUUGACAUAGAAAUGGGAGGUAUGCUUACCAAAGAUGCUAGUAUGCCUCUUCCAAAUAUUUUGCAGAAUUUGGAUUAUAAGGGAAUUGAUGACAACCUGAAGAAGGAUGGAGGUGGAAAUGUUGAUCAAUUUUUCUUUCCUACUGUUGAAGAAGUGAGUGGUGCACAAAGGACCUCAACUAAUGGGUAUAGUCCUACUGAAGAGGAUAGGUCUGAGGAUGGGAGCUCCCAACAAAAUUCAUCAGUAAUUCAACAGGAAUAAAGGUUUGAUUGGGCGAUGCCUACAGAAGAGUCUUUACAUCCGAUGGCGGUACAUGAUGACUUGUCGAGCAUAGAUGUUGAUUUGCUGAUGCUAACAGUAGAAACGAAAAAUACCUUGUUUAUUAAUUCUUAAGCUCCGACUGUAGUUCCCGAAUGACUAUUGAGGAAGAAAGGGCAAAUAAUUAUGAGAACAAAGAUGAGAAAAUUGUAAGAAAAGGAAAGUAAAAAUAU